UUGGCAAACUUAACUAAUGGCAAUAGACAAUUGAUUUCUUAACUAUGGUACAUGGUACUUAUAUAAUCUGGCUCGUGUCGUUAAGGUUGAAAUUUGAACUUUAUCUUUACCUUGUGUCUUGUAUUGUUGACAGUGAAAUACAUAUUUAAUUUUCCACUGCAUAUUUAAAACUAGUUUAAUUAAUAAGUUAAUAUGUCUAAAUUAAGCGCUUUAACAUUCACACGAAACACUGGUGCCAAACACACUGCCACUGUUGUAUUUUUCCAUGGAUCAGGGGCAAAUGGAGAACACAUGCAAGAAUGGGUCAAUUUAAUGACGAAAAACUUCAAAUUUCCACAUAUUAAAGUGAUUUAUCCAACAGCACCGUUACAGCCGUAUACACCAGCUGGUGGUCAACCUAGUAAUGUAUGGUUUGAUAGAGCUGAUAUCAACCAAAGUGUUGCAGAGAACUUGGAUUCAGUAGAAAGAAUAGGUGUGCAAGUAAAAGAAUUAAUUAAAAGUGAAGUUGAUGGUGGGAUUCCUAUCAACAGAAUUAUUGUAGGUGGAUUCUCAAUGGGUGGAGCACUUUCAUUCUACACAGGCUACAGAUGGGAGCGCAACUUGGCUGGUGUGUUUGCAUUCAGCUCUUUCCUCAACAACCAAUCUGUUGUAUAUCAAGAUCUCAGUAAAAGCUCGGGCACAAAAUUUCCACCACUACUUCAGAUUCAUGGUGACAGUGAUGACUUGGUGGAUCUGACAUGGGGAAGAAAUACAUACAAUGAGUUGAAGAAAUAUGGUGUCAAUGGGGAGUUUCACGUGAUGUCCAAAUUAGGACAUUCUAUAAACAAGAAGGGAAUGAAUAUAAUUAGUGAUUGGAUUGUUAAUAUACUACCUGAUGUAUGACUAAGUAUUAAAUCAUACUUUAGGAAGUAUAAAUAGGAUAGCUAAGCCCAAAGAGAAGUAAUCUCUAUAGUUUAGUUGAAUAACCAGUGCAAAAGUAAAGUUUGUGAUGAUUUUCCAACAGUUGGUGUGUGGCUGGAAAUGAUUAUAUUAUCAAGAGUUUUUGUGUAUAGUUGAUGUGUUGCAUCAUAAUUGUGAUAUAAAAUUUACAUAUCACAACAGAAUUAGAACAGUUUAAGGGGAAGUUAGAUGUAAGGCUAAAAAUGAUACCAGAUUACCGAUCUAUAUGUUAUCAUAAUAUGCAUUAAACCUUAAUUCCACGAAAUUUUUUGUAGCAAAAAAACUGUUUUUUUUAAUAAGUCAUACUUGCGUUCAUAGUU